UUUAAAUCGGGAAGAAUUUCUUACUUUUCAGGAUGCAGUAGACGAGAUGAGAACUAGAGUUUAUGAUUCGAGAUCCCUCGAACAGGAUGCAGUAGACGAGAUGAGAACUAGAGUUGAUGAUUCGAGAUCCCUCGAACAGGUACCAAACUCAAUUACUUCACAAAGGAAUUGAGUUUUUGAAUUUUGUUCAGGAUGCAGUAGACGAGAUGAGAACUAGAGUUGAUGAUUCGAGAUCCCUCGAACAGGUACCAAACUCAAUUACUUCACAAAGGAAUUGAGUUUUUGAAUUUUGUUCAGGAUGCAGUAGACGAGAUGAGAACUAGAGUUGAUGAUUCGAGAUCCCUCGAACAGGUACCAAACUCAAUUACUUCACAAAGGAAUUGAGUUUUUGAAUUUUGUUCAGGAUGCAGUAGACGAGAUGAGAACUAGAGUUGAUGAUUCGAGAUCCCUCGAACAGCAGGGUGAGGAAGAUUCCACGCUGAAAACUCCUGUUAGACCAAAUAAGAACGAAUUGGCGGAAUUCAAAGAAAAACUAGACUACGAGAAUAAAACAUCUAGAUUUCAGAACGAGUUUAUUUUGGAUAUGCAGAAGCACCGACAUACUUUGAGAGUGCGAGAGGAUAUAGAGGAGGUGGUGAACAAUGAGGAAAACUUGGCGGAGUUCAGUUUUCAACAACUUUUUAUAAAAAUGGCUAAAAAGCAGGGAACGAUUUUUGUGGAGGGAACUGAGGAGCGAAUCAAUGACUCCGAUAUUGAUAAAGCUGUGAAGACUUACACCAAGGCAUUUCCUGUCCAAGCUCGACUAGACGAGGUGUGUAGGAAAGAGGAUGUCUACAGCAAGUGGCGUCAGAUCCUUUAAAGGGACUGUACACGUAAUUUUAAGUGACCCUCAAUUUGUCUGAUUCAUAAUGACACCCUUCACACCUUCAUGUGAGCUGAGCUGAAAACUUUAGAAUGAGAUAUCCUUAAUCCUGGUCGCCUAAUCUCAGUUUCCAAUGUACACACUUUUGAU